UUCAUAUCAUUUUACUGUUUACAGCUAGAGAUUAAACUGGAGAAAGAAGCGUCGGGGAAACGCGAAAUGAUUUUUGCUCACGAUAUCUGCGAUCUGUGUAAGGAGCUUGUUGAUCGGGACAGUAACUAUUACAAAUAUUUCAAACACAUCGACUUUCCAGCGACGCCAGGUGGGGGAGGAAAGUCCUCGAAUGGAGGCGGUGACUAUCCGAUUCACGAUUUCGUCUUAGAUGCUGAUGAGAUACCACUGAAUAGCUACAACGUGGGAUUAUAUGUGGCAACCAUGAAUAUCUAUGAAAACCCAACGGGCGACUGCAAAGCCAACAAGGAGUUCUUAUGCUCUUUACAUUUAGGGCUGUCAGUUGAAAUGGAAUGA